AUGCGCCAAGGCUUGCCUAAGCUGGCGCGAGGCUUUGCCUCUCAAGCCCGACUUCCAAACGUCCCGCUCAGUCGACUUGAAUCCUCUACAAUCAAUUUGAACAAGUUCCCUUCUACUGUCAAGACACUUCGGGAUAGGCUCAAGCGCCCUUUGACGUACGCGGAGAAAGUACUGUACAGCCAUCUCGAUAACACUUUUGACGAGCGGAUCGAACGGGGAAAGUCGCAAUUAAAGCUUCGACCUUUGCGAAUCGCCUGCCAAGAUGCCACUGCUCAGAUGGCACUCAUUCAAUUCAUGUCCGCCGGAAUGGAACAAGUAGCAGUGCCGACCACAGUCCACUGUGACCACCUCAUCGUCAGUCGAGACGGAGAAGCCCAAGAUUUACCUCGAGCGCUCGAUGCGCAUCGCGAAGUUUACGACUUCAUGGAAAGCGCCUGUCAAAGAUACAACAUGGGAUUCUGGAAGCCAGGAGCGGGAAUCAUUCACCAAAUUGUUCUUGAGAACUACGCAUUCCCCUCUGGGAUGAUGAUCGGAACAGACUCACAUACACCCAAUGCGGGUGGUUUGGGAAUGAUUGCGAUUGGCGUUGGCGGUGCCGAUGCUGUUGAUGUUAUGGCAGGUCUCCCACUGGAGCUCAAAGCGCCAAAGGUCCUAGGAGUCCGGUUGACAGGCGAGCUUUCGCGAUGGGCCGCUCCAAAGGAUGUCAUCAAUGCAGUCGCUGGUAUCGUUUCAGUGAAGGGGGGCACGGGUUCCAUUAUCGAAUACUUCGGCCCAGGCGCAAAGACACUCUCAGCGACUGGAAUGGCCACGGUGUGUAAUAUGGGUGCUGAGACUGGAGCAACAACUUCUAUCUUCCCAUACGCUCCUCAAAUGGCGGAUUACCUUCGCUCAAACCAUCGCCACGAAAUGGCUGCGGCAAUCGACAGCAUUUCACCAGAACUCCAGGCAGACGAAGGAGCCGAAUACGAUAGCGUGAUUGAGAUUGAUUUGUCCACUUUGGAACCACGCAUCAAUGGACCUUUUACUCCAGAUCUUUCAACACCCCUGUCACAAUUUGGAGAUGCGUCCAAGGAAAAUAAGUGGCCGAACAAGUUGACUGCUGGGUUGAUUGGAUCAUGCACAAACUCGUCUUUCGAAGAUAUGGGUCGGGCUGCUAGCCUUGCACAACAAGCUUUGGAUGCAGGCUUAAAGCCUAAGAUGCCGCUUCUGGUAUCGCCGGGUAGUUUGCAAACCCGGGAGACCUUGGAAGAAGCAGGUAUUCUUUCCAUUUUCGAGAAGCUCGGAGCUACUAUGCUUCCCAACGCCUGUGGUCCCUGCUGUGGAUCAUGGGACCGUGUCGAUAUGCCAAAGGGCACACCAAACUCGAUCAUCACAUCAUACAAUCGCAAUUUCUCUGGUCGACUGGACUCGAACCCAGCUACCAACGUCUUCUUGGCAUCACCCGAAGUCGUCAUGGCCAAAGUUUUCUCGGAUGAUUUAGAAUUCGAUCCAAGUGCCGAUGCUUUGCGGACGCCUUCAGGCGGAGAAUUCCGCUUCCUACCCCCGACAGGAGAGACGCUUCCCAGCAACGGAUAUCUUGACUCCGACGGUGCAUACAAGGCGCCACCAGUUGACCGAAGUGACGUAAAUGUCAAGAUCAAUCCUUCUUCCGAGAGACUGCAAAGAUUGGCCCCAUUCGAGCCUUGGUCCGGCGAGGACUUCACUGAUUGUCUGGUCUUGAUCAAAACCAAAGGAAAAUGCACAACAGACCACAUUACCCCGGCAGGCCCCUGGUUCAGGUACCGUGGGCAUCUGGGAAACAUUUCAAACAACACUUUGAUCGGAGCUUUGAACGCGGAGAAUGACAAAGUGAACACCGUACGCAACCAGCUCACGAACGAGGACGGCGAUGUUCCGGGUACCGCACGCUAUUACAAGGCGCAAAAUCAACCCUGGGUUGUGAUUGCUGAUCACAACUAUGGCGAGGGCUCAUCGCGAGAACACGCCGCUUUGCAGCCUCGUUACCUCGGAGGAAAGGCCGUCAUUGCCAAGUCCUUUGCACGAAUUCACGAGUCCAACCUUAAAAAACAGGGCAUGCUCGCUCUGACAUUUGCCAACGAAGCUGACUACGAUCGUAUUCGUUCCUCGGAUCGUCUCAGCAUCUUGGGGCUGUCAGGUCUGGCAUCAGGAGCACCGCUGAAGCUUGCGGUGAAUGGAGAGUGGGAGGCCGAAUUAAACCACACUUUCACUGCCGAGCAGGUUGAAUAA